AUGUUUUCUAUCGAUCGCCCUUUGGACUCAUUGUUAAGAUACAAAAAAUUCCCUUUAAGAGAGCCUUUAAGAAGAAACUAUCAGACUUGUAAUACCAAUCCUUUUGGGAGGAAAACUCCAGAUUUAACUUUUACUUAAAGCCUUUAAAAAUAAAUAAAAAUACCCCUUAACCUGAAUAAGUUGUAUCAAAAGAAAACCAAAAAUAUAAUUGUUCACGAAAGCUCAUCUGUUAAUACAUCAAUGCGUUUGUAACCACCUAUUUUCAUUAUGAAAACAAUUAACAUUCGAACAUAAUCAACUGAUGAACCUAAAUUAUAAAAACCAUUGAUCAUUAACAAAAAAUCCUAAAAUAAUUCUAUUUAUUGUGAUUCUUCAGAUAAUUCUGAUUUCAACGAAUUAAGAAGAACUUAUUUGUAAAAAUAUUGCAGACCAAAACUUAAUUAAAUUGAUAGACAGCCCCGAUUUCGAAUACACUCUGUAAAUGAAGACGCAUUAGAUCCCUGGACCGUAGAUAUAUGAAUAAAUUCUUAUAUUUAUAAACCUGUUCUUAUACUAUAUUUA